AACUGAAAGUCUAUGUGAUGUGAAGUUUAACCCCAAACAAACAAAAUGCUGUCAAUCUUCAUGUCCCAUUCCUCACCACAUCAAUAUUAUUUUACAAGGUUUUGAUGUCAUCAUUUGUUACUUGAAAAGUUAAUGGAGAUGGCAAGGGUUAGAAAUUGGUGGAGUCAUUCAAAGAGGGUACUUUUUAUCUGGUUUAUCUCUCUCGUCUUGUUCUACUCUUUGUUUCACAUGGCCCUCCAGAAUUUAUCCCAGAACCAGAAAUACCCUUUUUCUGCUUCAGAUUCUCGUAUUGCAAAUGAGGAGCGGAGGGCAAAAUUAUAUGAUAAGAUGGCGAGGGAUUUGGAUGAGCAUGGAGCGGUUUUUCUGAAGCAAGGGGAAACAUCUCAGUCAUUGUCACUUUCAGAUAUCUUCAAUCUCAAAGAUGGAGUUGUAACACCUGUACUUAAGGCAGCAAAUCCUCCUGUACGAGCAAAUGUUUUGUAUAUGAGCACAGAGUAUUCAGUGCAUAUCUCAGAGGCUGUAAAACGUAUAUUCAGUCCACAUUUUGAUAAAGAGAUUUCAAUUUCUUUAUUUGUUACCUCAUUUUUGGCAUGCUUAAAUGGAUCUUUGUUAGCAAUAUGGUUUCAGAAUUCAAGUUUGUACCAUUUUAGCAUGUUUCACGCCUCCCAUCAUAUUUCACCUGUCCCUGCCACUGAAGAUGAGAUUGAAGCUGAAGUAGCCGCUGUUAGAGCUGUGGCAGAGGGCCUCUGUCCUCUAAAAAUUGUCCUAGACAGGGUGGUUUUAACUUCAACUGGUGUGCUUCUGGGUUGCUGGCAGGUGAUUUCUGGAGCUGAUCCUGUAACUAUUCGUGCUAAGCUGAGAACUGCUCUUCCACAUGCACCUGAGAAGCAGCUUUAUGAUGAUGCUAUUCUUCACACAUCAUUUGCAAGGCUUCUGGGUCACCCUACGGCUUCAUCCAUGGACCAUCAAAAUACUUCAGAUCAACUCAAAUUCUUCCACGAACUAGUUGCUCGUCUAAACAGCGAAAUCCAUGGAUUCGAGGCAAAGGUGUCUGAGCUCUGGUACGUGGAAGAGUACGACUUGUUGGCGCUCGCCUUGGACGGACGAAUGAAUGUUCGCAGGUUCCCCCUUGAAUGCUCAGGACCCUGAGAAGAUGUUUAUUUGAAUCAAGAAAAAUUUCCAACAAUGGCCGCCUUAUUUCCUUCACUAUCCUUUCCAGUUUACUGAUAGAUUACUAUUUUGGGCUUUUCUACCGUUUGUAUUAAUCAGACAACUCUUCAAAGAAAUAAAUAAAAAUGUUUGUAUUUUUCCUCU